AGUAAUAUUUGCUUUUUAGGCAAUGAACCGAUGACUUACACAUCUUUUCAAGAAAACAUUCUUGAUAUCGACCUGGUUGAUUUUCCUGGUGCCGAACGUUUGCGAAAGCAGCUAGGACGGUCUUCUCUGCGUGCUAUAGCAUUCGUUGUUGAUUCGUCGUCGUUUUCAAAGCGAUCUCGAGACGUUGCCGAGUUCUUCUACGAUGUUGUUUUGGAGAGCGGGAAGAAGGUAGACGUUAUUCGAGUUUCCUUGGAAAAGGAGAUUCGUCUAAUAAACAAGACACGCGCGGCUGCACUUUCGUCAACUGAUGGGUCGUCCGCAAGUAGUACGCUCACUGGCAAUAGUGACCGCUUUACUUGGAAUGAUUUACCUAUGUUAGUUCUUUUACUUUCCUGUUCAUUUGAGGCGAUAGCAAGAGAAGGAGGCAAAAUCGUAAGCGAUAAAGAAAUCACAUUGUGA